AUGUCCAUCCGCCCCCUCCCCAAGGAUGUCGUUGACAGAAUCAAAUCUUCCUCGGCAAUCACCUCCCUAAAUCAAGUUGUGUGCGGUCUGCUCACCAACUCCCUGGACGCAUGCUCCACCAAGGUCAACAUCAGCCUCGACUAUGUCUUGGGCAACUGUACUGUCCAAGACAACGGUUUUGGUAUAGAACCGAGUGAAUUUGAACAAGACGGCGGCCUGUGUAAACUACACCACACAUCAAAGACUCCGCCGAAUCCAAACACCCACGGCAGUCACGGCAGCUUUAUUGCCUCCGUCGCCACCUUGUCGCUCCUGACAGCUACGUCGCAUCAUCGACACCACGCAUCUCAAGCAUCUCUCUCCGUUCACAAUGGCAAGGUGCUUGCUCGCCAUGUUCCAGCCCUGCCAGACCAGCGGUUCGAACUAUUCAGCCAUGGAACCCGCAUCAGCAUUCGCAAUCUAUUUGGGUCAAUGCCCGUCAGGGUAAAGCAGCGAGGACUUUUAUUCUCUGACCGUGUUCGUCUCGACAGGGAAUGGGAAUCUCUGAUGCGAGAUGUUGCCGGGCUGCUGCUGCCGUGGCCAACCGAAGUGUCCAUCUUCCUGAGGGAAGCAAAUACACAACGGGAACAGCGCUUGAGAUCGGGCAACAACGAGUUCGCAUCGCGAAUUUCACGGAUAUUCACACAGUCAGGCCUGGCCGGUAGCGAAGACGCUGGCUCGUGGGUACCCGUAUCGGCGUCAUGUCGUCGUGUCCGCAUCAAGGGAGCCAUCUCAACAAACCCUGUCGCAACCCGUCGGUCGCAGAUAAUGAGCCUCGGCAUUCAACCGAUACCCAACAGCUUUGGCACCAAUGUACUUUACGAAGAGGUCAACAAGCUUUUCCAGGGUUCCAACUUUGGUGUGGUUGACGCUGAUGAGCAGAUUGGUGGUGUCCAGGGGAAGCCUAGAAAAGGCAUUGAACGGUGGCCAAUGUUCUAUCUAGAGAUACACCUGCUCGGAAACGAUGAAGACUUGGCUAUGGACGAUGUCCUCGGGGACUCAAAACACAGUCUGCAGGCCAUAAUUGACCUCCUCAAAGUUGUCUGUUACGGGUUUCUGAAGAAGCAUUUCCUGCAGCCCAAGCAAAUCCAACGAAUCGCUGAGGUGCCAGCCACUGUAAGGACCAGGCAGUCUAUAUCCGAAGGCCAAAAGUCUUCCCCGCUACCCUCUGCUGCAAUCACAGAGCCGGAACUCCGACGACCAUGCAGCCCAUUCGAGGCAUGGAAUCGUCUCAAAAUCGGGCGGGCUGUCGCUGAAUACAAGGUCGCCCACCAAUCCAUUGAGAGUCUCGCUACACCCGCUAAGCCUACAACUCGCCGUCUUGUAGGUGAUAAUGGUGUACUUUUGCAAAGGCCACUUGACGAUGUUGCUGAUAUCGAACCAUCUGUUCGGAGCCAACAUACGAACGAGCCUGAGGUCCUCUCGAGGGCAACCACAGGAAAGAACAACACAAAGAGCCUUGAAGCGGACACCAAGGCUUGUCCAUCGUCCCAAAAGACAAGAUUGACAAGGCAAAUUGAACAGAUUCCGGAAGGCGGCCCGAAAGCUCAACCCCAGGAAUGGCUGCAGAACAUCAUGCGUUCAUGGAAGAACCCCGUUUUUGAAUUAACGGAGCCUCGAAUACCAUCCCUUGACCAGGCCGUUCCCGUAGAGCGGCCAGUCAAUGCAAACUAUGACGGGCCAUGCAGCAAAUUCUACUCCCAAGAAUAUAAUGUACAGUUCGAAUCAGCUGCAAUGGCCCUGAAUGGACGGCUGUCCCGAACUUCAUUAGCUAAAGCUGAGGUCAUUGGCCAAGUUGACAAAAAGUUCCUUCUUCUUCGGCUAUCUCUGCAUACACCAAACGUGGCCCAAGGUACAGAAGCAUCAUCGACACUCAUCAUGCUGGAUCAACACGCGGCGGAUGAGAGGUGUCGCCUAGAGGAGCUGAUGUCUCAGUAUUUUCAGCUAAACCCAUUGCGAGCCGUGACAGAGCUUUUGGAGAAGCCAAUCGUAUUUGAGGUCUCAGCCAGAGAAUACGAGCUUUUGUGUCGAUUUCAUAGCCACUUUCGUACAUGGGGUAUCAUGUAUGUCGUAGGCAAGACGAGCAGCACGAACGAGCACCAGAUUGAGAUCAAGUCUCUUCCGCCAAGCAUUCUAGAGCGGUGUCGGACCGAACCAAAGCUCUUGAUUGACCUCGUACGCAAAGAAACCUGGAAACUUGAGGAUAGAACUAUACCAUCUCAGCCGGUCUAUGAGCGGGGCAACCCGUGGGUUUCCAGUUUCCACAACUGUCCCCAAGGUAUACUGGAGCUGCUGCACUCCAGAUCUUGUCGAAGUAGGGUGAACACAAACAGCAUACAUACUAUUCGUGCAGCCCACUAA